AUGAUUUGCACUUAACCAUUUAAUUUUUUUUGCGGGGAAACUUAAAUAAUGAAUUACUUUAUACAUUAAUUACAAGCAUGCUUGAUUCGCGCAAAAAAAAAAUGAAGUUCCACAGAAGGUGCGGCGACAGAGUUACACUGCUUAAUGAUAAUUCAACAGCUAUAAGAAAUUUUGUAGAAUUUAAUCAUGGUUUAAUAUUAAGUGCUGAACCGAUUUCUGAUGAUGUUAUGUUUGAAGUUUGCAUCGAUAGAAAGGUGAACGUUUGGAAUGGCAGCUUAGAAAUAGGAGUCACUACUUUGGAUCCAGAGUUUAUGGAGCUUCCUGCCACUGCUACUAAACUUCGCAACACAGCAUGGAUAAUGUCAGGCAGCUCUAUUGUGAAGGAUGGUGUAACUCUUGUAAAUUCUUAUGGGCCCGAGCUUGACACUCUUCGAGAGGGUGAUUGUUUAGGUGUUAUGAGAACAAGCAAGGCGGAAUUAACAUUUUAUAUCAAUGGACGAUGCCUUGGAGUUGCUGCCAAAGAUUUGCCACCUAGGUUGUUUGCAGUAAUUGAUCUUUAUGGUCAGUGUGUGCAAGUUUCUAUAUCACAAGUGAAUGGACUGAGGACAGCAAUGGAACUUUGUUUGGUUCAGGCUGAAGAGGAUCCCAACAAUGAUGAUACAUUAACAUCUAGCGAGAUAGAUGUAGCUGGUCUUCCAUCUGCUCCCUUCCCAAAAGAAACUCAAAAUAUUUAUGUGCCCAUGUCUUCUGAAGGAGCUUGUAGUUCUGCUCAAGAUCAUUUGAGAUUUCAUCCAAGAUGUGGAAUUUUAGUGAAACUCUCUGGGAAUAAUAAGACAGCUGAGAGAGCCCGGCCAUUGGAUGAUUAUAAUAACGGAGUUGUGAUGACACAUCGACCUCUUUAUGACAACGAGCUUUUCGAAAUACGUAUAGAUAGAUUAGUUGAUAAAUGGAGUGGCAGUGUUGAGGUGGGCGUUACCACGCAUAACCCUGCAACAAUUCGUUUUCCAUCCACUAUGACUAACAUGGACUCUGGUACGAUAAUGAUGUCUGGAUGCAAAGUGCUUUUGAACGGACACGGCACUUGCAUGGAAUACGGGAAUUUUAAUCUGGAUGAAUUGAGGGAAGCGGAAACGGUCGGUCUGUUACGGAAAAGCAAUGGUGAAUUGCAUUAUUUUAUAAAUGGUGUCGAUCAAGGUGUGGCCACAGAUAAAGUGGAACCGCAAGUAUGGGGCGUCGUCGAUUUGUAUGGAAUGACUGUUAAAGUUUCAAUAGUGGAUCCGUGUGAAGAUAUGGAUAGUAAUAUCCAACAUAUUCCACAACCAAUGAAUGCUAUCGACAUCGCCGAACCAAGACGAUUUAGACCAGCUAUAGACGAAGAUAGCCUUUUAUUUCAUACGCUGCGUGAUUCGAAUGUUAUUAUUAUUAACGAUGGUAAGACUGCUCAUAGGCCUAAUGCUUUCGAAUUCUUCAAUAACGGGGUAGUGAUGACGAACCGAACUUUGAGAACAAACGAACUGUUCCAAGUACGUCUCGACCUCAUUAUCCCGAAGUGGGCCGGAAGCAUUGAAAUUGGAGUCACGCAGCAUACAGCAUCAGAAUUUGAGUUUCCAUUCAGAAUGAGCAAUGCCAAAUCAGGAACUUGGGCUAUUACCGGUGAAGAUGUUAUAAGAGAUGGGACGAUUAUAAUCCCUCAAUACGUUAGGAAUUUAAACAGAUUAGUGGAAGGUGAUACUGUGGGAGUCAUGCGCAAAGACAUGGGCAUUUUACAUUUUUACGUAAAUGGAAUCGAUCAGGGGCCGGCAGCUUUUAACAUACCGGAGCAUGUUUUUGGGAUUAUUGAUUUGUACGGACGCGUGGCACAAGCAACAAUCGUCGAUAUAUAUUUACCCCCUCCCGUGCAUUCUCCUGACUCUCCGGUAUCAACGGAAUCCAAUGCAACAGUAAACCCUGAAAUGUGCUUCCAUCGUGUUCACGGUCGCAACGCCCGUUUGAGUCGUAACAGAUUGACGGCUUCCAGAGCGACCGUUUAUUCAGAGUUCAAUGACGCGGUACUGUUCAGUUCGCGACCGCUGCGAGAAUGCGACAUGUUCGAGUUACGAAUCGACAAGAUGGUCGACUGCUGGAUCGGCAGCUUAGAGAUCGGUGUGACUGCGAUACGCCCGGACGAUCUCGAAGCAACCGGGGGGGUAGGUGCCGUAGCCGGGACAGCCACUGAUCUCAAUUGGGAUACGUACAUUCUAAGCGGGGCAGCUAUGAUGAAAGACGGAGAGUGCGUCCGUAGUGGUUAUCCUCUCGAUUUGGACACCCUGACGGUCGGAAGUCGUGUUGGUAUGAUGUGGCACGCCGACCGUAGUCUUCACUACUAUCUGGACGGUAUGGAUAUGGGCAAGGCGUGGUAUGUACCGCACUUGAACAUAUACGCCGUUGUAGAUCUAUAUGGACAAUGCACGCAGGUCACGAUACUGCAGAAUGAGGAACGCGCUUUCAAUUAUAACGGCUGUACUAAUUCCGAUAAUUCUUUGAUGGGCAACACUAAAGGAAUCGCAUCGCCUCCGUACUGGAGUUUCUCGGAGUAUUGUGGCGAGAAUGUGUGCAUGAUGCACGGUUGCUCGGUGGCACGUCGCCUGACUCCGGACCCUACGUACGCUUUGGUCUUCAGCUCUGCCCACCUGGCCGUGGGAGAAAUGUUCGAGAUCAAAAUAGUUGAAUGCAAGUCUAGUUACGCGGGCAGCUUUCGUAUGGGCAUCACCGACGUGAACAUACUGAACGCUCACGUGAACAGAAGCCUGCCGCUUAAUAUAUCACGUUUGCCGCAUUUCACCGCGUACAUCGAUGGUAAAUACAUGAAGUACUCCAAAGCCGGAUGUUCAGUGAAAGAGAAAGAUAUGCGUUCCUUCGUUCCGUCUUUCGAAUGGCUGCGUACUGGCGACAGACUCGGUCUAAAGAAAACUAGCGACUUCAAAGUACUUGUUUAUUAUAAUUCGGAACUGCUUGAUGUUGCCUUCGAGAAGGUUCCUGAUAAAGUUUUCGCUGUUAUGGAGCUGUGCGGGCCUGUGACUAAGAUUCACACGAUUUCUAUGGCCGGAGGGGUUGCAGCGAGCAAUACAACAACGAUCCCUAACAAGUCUAUACCGAAACGUCAACCUCAACUGAACGAAGACGGCACGAUUUGUCCCGUUUCAACAAGCGCUAACAUGGACCGCGAAACUGACAACCAGUUCGGUAUAGGAAACGAACCGUCCACAUCGAAUACUGAAUCGAAUAAAAACGUCCGAGAAAAUUUGAUAGCCAGUAUCGAUACAGCUAACACCGAGAGCAACACUAUGUCCACGCUGACCGUGGUACCCACUGAGACGAGGCGGCGAAGGAAUCCCCUGCCGUACACAUUCCAUUAUGUUCACGGCAAGAACAUCAAACUUUGCAGUUCAGAUACGGUUGCCGUGCGCACAUCGGGAUAUAAAGACGGCUUAGCGAUUAUCAGUCAACCGCUGAGGAGAGGUCAUAGCUUUAGGUUCCGAAUCGAUAAAGUGAUGAUGGACUGGCUCGGAAGUGUCGGUAUUGGCGCCGUUGGUCAUCUCGCUUCGGAAGAGCUUCCGCCCACCGCAAUGCAGCUAGAGCCCCCCGUGUGGGUCAUUACAAGUGACCUGAUUUACGACAACGGUGAUUAUAUAAAGACAAAGAGAGGUGCACCUUUAGACAACUUGACGGAGCAGUCGGUGCUCACUAUACACUUCAGGCUGAACAGCGACAUUGCCGUGGACAUCGACUCGGAGCCGCUCGGAGUCAUCGGCGCUGUUUCAAGGAAUGCUUGUCACGUCUUCCCCCUGAUCGAUCUUUACGGUCGCGUCACUCAAGUGUCUGUACUGUUGCAUCCUCACGUGGUCGUGAGCGGCACUUCGAUCGACCUACCCAUCAUAGCUGAAAAUCAAAGAGAAGAAUCGAUGUCGGAUCUCGACAUGAAUGAAGAACCAACUCGUGAAUUAUUCGAAACCAAUUUGACCGAAAUGCGAAUCCGUCGAAAACUGAAAGCCUAUAGUCACGACAACCUCAUCGAGGACGAGCUGGAACCUAUCGCGGCUCAGCCUGGACCCAGCUCCCGACGCGAUAUCCUGCCUCUAGAAUGCAUUCCGCUCAGUAACUUCGAGACGAAGAAUCCAGCGAUAAGACGCAAGAGACAAUGUCCCAAUCAGCUCUCUUUACACCAAAGCCUGAUAAUGUCAGACAAUACGAUGUCGUCAAACAGCUGUGAUACAUCUACAUCGUCGCGCUUCAUUCACAAGAGUCAUUCCUCUCAUAAUUUUAGUCUGAUACAAGACGAUAUCGAACUAAAGGUGUUACGUCAUACGUACAGUGUAGGCUCACAGAUAGCGGAUCACUCGGACAGCUUGUCGCACGGACAGUUUUACGAUACGAACAUUCGCCAUAACGAUCGGUAUCCCGAAGCGAACGAUGUCGAUAAUUUGGAUAAUGAGAUAAUGGACGCUCUCACUUUGGAAACUGGUAAUUUGCCUGAUCUAACCGAAGAGCAAUCGUCGUCUUUAGAUGAAUCGACGCGCCGCGACGAGCUAUGGUCCGAGCAGCUAUCUAUUGAGAACUUGAAUUACCUCAAUCGCAUCUUGUGCUUCGAUCAAGAGAUGGACGAAGGUCAGAGCUUGGAGUCCGAGUGGGAAGCGUCAGGAGAAGGCUGUGAGCACCUGCAUCUUGUUUUGAAGUAUUGGAACUUUUUGGUUUGUCCGUACCCUGAACUCCGAAAGGCAGUGUCCUGGGGCCAGGUACGGUGCUACUGCAGUAACUGCCAACCGGACUUACUGCCUCCGUUUGCUGGUUGGGUUCGCAUCGAGCGUAUAGACGGUGUGGGAGCGGCUCAGCGUGGCUUUUGGAACGUGUCGAGGAACAUUCUGGGUUCGGCGCAGGCCGCGCACGGGGAGAGCGGCUCGGUGCGAAGACCACGUGCUCUAGUAGACGUACCCUGCACGUCGACUUCGUUCUCUGACAUUUGGAUCGACGAGGAGGGGAAACCGCAUCAGACCGUACUGGCUAUUGAGAUUGACAUAGAGGGCUCCGAAGCAGCCAACGAUCGACUACUUUCCUUUCUCAUUUAUCUGAAGCCCCACUCUUACUCCGAGGAGAAUCCCCCGAGCUUAGAUGAUUAAGAUCAUAUUGAACCAGUAAAUAUGUAGUCGAUGACGAGAAUAACAGUUUCUUUUUUUUUUUUCAAAACUUUCGAUAAAUCAGGGGCACAAAAAGGUUGUCAUAAAAAGUAUUAAGAACGUUUUUAUGGAAAGAAAAAGUUGUGACCAGCCAGUUUAACGGGCGUUAAAAAUGCCGUACGCUAUGAAAUUUUUAUGAUACUAUAUUUAUUUUAAUGAUAUUAUUUAAUCGGGAUGGGUUUUAUUAUUGGGCUAGUGUCGCCAAAUAAGUGGAAAAUUCAACAAUACAUUUAUAGAUAACUCACUAAAUUAUACUUAUCAUAUUAUAAACAAUAAUAUUGUAAUAAUAAAAUGCUAUUCAAUUGAGAACAUAUGCAAACCAUAAUUUUAUGUAAUAAUAUUUUUCAAUUUUAUAAAUCAAACUUUAUACUUCUAAGUAAUUUAAUGCUAAUGAAUAUCGUAUAACUUAAAUAACCUUAUUAAAAGCUAUAAGUUUAUGAAUAUGAUAUAUUUCCCUAAACUGAUGUUUACCAAGCCGAAUUAUAAUUUUAUCAAUGUAUUUAUUCUAUUUUAUGCACCUGUAAUCUAAUUUGCUAAUUUUAAUAUCUAUGACACAUUCAUAUUUAAUUUUUUAUUUAUUUUGUAAACACUACACUACGACAACAGCUUUCAUAGGCUAUAGAAAACAAAAAAAAUUACGGUAUAGUAAUGGUAAAAUAGAAAACAUAAUUGACGCCAAAUUUGUUUUUACUCAACGUUAACUAUUGCAUUUUAACAGGACUUUUGACUGACAAAUGCUGACUUAAAGUAUAUAAUGUGUGUGCAAUUAUUUUAAUUUUUAUACAAAUUCGACUGAUUCUAUUUGAAGUAAAUUAAGUUAACAGAACAUUUUAUACAGACAAAGUAUCUUUAAAGGUAUAUUCGUCUAUAAAGCCUAUACGUAAAUAAUUUGAUGACAUAAUACUGAUGUUAGAUUGAAACGAUUUCUUGCAAUUUUUAAUGGUGUCUUUAUAAAAUUCUUCUAGUCAUUAUAAUCCUUAUAUCAGUUAUUUAUAGUGCAUGUUUCAAAGUUUUGUGCCAUUCUACUAUUUGAUUUAAUUAUUCUCAGUAGAUACAUAUUUAUCGAUAGGAUACAAAAUAUUCGAGUUUUCAAAAACCGAAUAAGUCGUCGGUCUGUUUAAUAUACACUCAUAAUAAACUUAACUUAUAUAACUUAUAUAGUGAAGAUCUAACAAUAGCUGAACACUAACUUAAAUAUAAAUAAAAUUGCACGCAGAUUUUUUCUAACUAUAAAUAACUUUUAUUAGGCUAUUAUGUUUAAAAUAAGUACAUUGUAUCGUACCAUUGCAAUUUAUAACUCGAAUAUAAACCCGAUCUGCACUUAGAAUUGCACAUUUUCAAUGCAAUAUUUAUGUAUAUCAAAAUAAUAAUAUAGAAUAAAUAUUUAAGCUAUAAGGUUAUAUUCUACCAAGCAUUCCAAAAGUGGCUCAUGACAUUUUAUUAUUUGGUGAUAAAAUCAAUUUUAUAUGGUACCUAUGUGGUAAUGAUGACGUAUGUCACUUUGACGUAACUGCUUUGUCAAAUGU